UUGGUGUCGAUAUCAUAAAUCAUGAGCAAGGUCGUGAUGGUUGCUCGAUUGUGGCUGGCGGUGGCGAUGGCGGUGUUUUCAUCGGCCUUCGUAAACGGCCAUGUGACGCUUGGGUGGCUGUCUACAAGAAGCGAGUUCUUAACCCAGGAGGAGUUUUGGUUUGACCAGACCCUCGAUCACUUCUCUCAUUAUAACCGUCACAAGUUUCAGCAGCGCUAUUUUGAAUUCCUUGACUACUUUCGGAUACCGGACGGGCCAAUAUUUUUUAGAAUCUGUGGUGAAGGCCCCUGCAACGGGAUUGCCAACGAUUACCUAAGUAUUCUGGCAAAGAAGUUUGGAGCAGCCAUUGUUUCUCUUGAGCAUCGCUACUAUGGGAAGAGUUCUCCUUUCAAGUCAUUGACGACAAAUAACUUGAGAUAUCUUUCAUCCAAGCAAGCUUUGUUUGAUUUGGCUGUUUUUCGUCAGUAUUAUCAGGAUUCCUUAAAUCUGAAACUGGACAGAAAGAGUGAAAACCCGUGGUUCGUUUUUGGUGUUUCAUAUUCAGGAGCUCUUAGUGCUUGGUUUCAACUUAAGUUUCCUCAUUUAACGUGUGGAAGUCUCGCAAGUUCUGCUGUUGUCCUUGCCGUCUUUAAUUUCACUGAUUUUGAUCAACAGAUUGGCGAGUCUGCUGGUCCAGCUUGUAAGGCUGCUUUACAAGAAACCAAUCAACUUGUUGAGCAAAGGUUUGCAAUCAACAAAGAAGAAGUACAGGCAUUGUUUGGUGCGGAAGAGAUGGAAGUGGAUGGGGAUUUCUUUUAUUUCCUGGCAGAUGCUGCUGCUAUGGCGUUUCAGUAUGGAAAUCCAGAUAAAUUGUGUUGUCCUCUUGUUGAAGCAAAGAACGCGGGAAAGGAUUUAGUGGAUGCCUAUGCCAAAUACGUUAAAAAUUAUUUCCUUGGAAGUUUUGGUUCAAACGUUCGGACUUACAUUCAGAAACACUUGAAAAACACCACUCUGGGUGAAGAUAGUGCUGACCGGUUGUGGUGGUUCCAAGUUUGUACUGAAGUUGCAUAUUUUCAGGUAGCACCUGCAAAUGAUAGCAUUCGAUCCUCCAAAGUUGAUAUAAGAUAUCAUCUGGAUCUCUGCAAAAAUGUUUUCGGAGAGGGCCUCUAUCCUGAUGUAGACACUACCAAUAUUUACUAUGGAGGCACAAAAAUUGCUGGUUCAAAAAUAGUUUUUACAAAUGGUUCGCAGGAUCCUUGGCGCCAUGCAUCCAAGCAAAUACCAUCUCCAGACAUGCCAUCGUACCUCUUGACAUGUCGCAACUGUGGUCAUGGAACUGAUUUGCGAGGAUGUCCUCAAUCUCCACCAAAUAUUGAAGGUGAUGCUCACAGCUGUACCUCCCCUGCUACAGUUUACAAAGUUAGGCAGCAGUUAGUGAAAAAGAUGGACCUUUGGCUGUCGGAGUGCCAAGCCUCUAUUAAUAGGAAAUAUGUUUGAUGCUUAGCUUUGACUGCUAAAUCACUCUCAGUAUUCCAUCCUAUUCUUUAUGUAUAUCCUUAAAGCAGAUGUUUAUACGCUCCUUUGAGGACAUAUCAUCCUAUUGAUGCAACCAGAGAGCCCAAACUGUGUGGCCAUUUAUGUAAUUAUC